AUGGAGAUGGGAAAGAGCUUGGAGGCUGAAACCAGUGGCGGUGAGUCAUCAGCGAUUGAUUAUGAUGUCUUCUUGAGUUUCAGGGGACCGGACACUCGCCAAGCAUUCACGGAUUGUCUUUAUCAUGAAAUGCUAGAAGCGAACAUCCGUGUUUUCUUCGACAAGGAAGAGAUCCAUGUUGGCAAAGAAAUAGGUGAUGAACUAUCGACGGCCAUUGAAAAUUCGAAAAUCUACAUACCAAUUUUCUCUAGAGGGUAUGCUUCGAGUCCAUGGUGCCUUCGUGAGCUCGCACAAAUGGUGGAGUGCAAGAAAUACAAACCAUCUGAGAAAGAGAUUUUGCCAAUUUUCUACGACGUGGAACCUUGCGAUGUCAAGCUUAAGUCUCAACUAUAUGUCAGCCCCUUGGAGGAGCAUGAGGAGAGGUUCGGCCCUGAGAUGAGGCGAAAGUGGGAGGAUGCCCUCACAAGUGUUGCCCAGAUCAAGGGAUGGGAGUUGAAAAGGCAAGGGUAUUGGAAAUUCAUUAAAUCAGUGACCCGAGAGAUUCUGAUGAAGCUCAAGAUAAAAGACAAAUACGUGGCUGGACAUUUAGUCGGAAUGGACGAUCGAGUGAAGGGAGUAGUGAAGUUGUUGAAUGUGGACUCCGGAGCCAUUGUUGCUUCUUGGGAAAUGUCCGAGAAUCGUCACUCCGCCUUGGCCUUGUAA